AUGGCCCAACCUAUCUUCGGCCUCCUUGACAUCAAACGCCUCCCUUCUCUACUCUCUGCGCUCGUCGCAAUCUACCUCACAGUCAAACUCGUCCGGAUCAUCCAGCGCACCAUCAAUGCUCGUCGUCGUUACAAAGAAAUCCCGCAGUUGCCCCGUCACCCAGUAUGGGGCCACUUGAUCAACAUGGGCGAGAAGCUCAACCCCGCCCUUCAAAGACACCCAGACUAUGCUUUUGAAGAAAUCUGGGAAUCGUUAGGUCGACCUCCAGCUUUCCUGAUGGAUCUGAAUCCCGUGGACUCGGUCUUUCUCAUUGUCACGGAUCCGGACAUCGCGGAGCAGAUCACCCAGCCUAAUUCGGUCUUCAAAUAUUCUCUCCCAAAGAGCGACACAUUAAUGUCCAUGUACCGCCUCAUUGGCCUUGAAUCGCUGAUCAUUGCCGAGGGAGAGGAAUGGAAGAUCUUGCGACGGCGGUUCAACAAGGGAUUCUCUCCCCAGCACCUGCAUACCCUGGAUGGAAUGAUUAUUUCCAAGACCCGAGAUUUUGUCGAUCGGCUGAAGCGCGCCGCGGCGAGUGGUGAAGUAUUCAGCCUCAAGGACUAUUCACAGGAUUUGACGACAGACAUUAUCACCACCGUCGCGAUCGAGAAGGAUUAUCAUGCCCAGACAACUCCGGACGGGGUUGGAUCGAAAGGCCCCUUCGGGAUGCUCACGGCGUCGAGGCUUCUUUCGAAAUACGUGUACCCCGUCGGCAGGGGAUUUAACCCGCUGGUCUACUUUGACCCUAUCCGGCCCACGAAGUCCUGGUUCUACGAGCAGGUCUUCAACCGCGACUUGGCCAAGGUCAUCCGCGAGCAGCUAGCGGCUGAACAGAAACAAUUGCGAGAAUCGGUCAAAUCUGGCCCAAAUGACAAUGGGCAAACCGGAUCGCAGAGAUCAAUUACGCGUCUCGCAUUAUCAGGUUUGAGUCCGGACGAGGCGCUGAUUCGCAACACUGUAUCUCAAGUCAAGAGCUUUCUGUUCGCCGGCCAGGACACAACCGCCACGCUUAUCCAAUGGCUCUGCUUCGAGCUAUCCAAAGCAUCAUGGUCUCCGCCCUCGGCAGCCAUUCUCGAGAAAUUGAUCCAAGAACAUGACUCAGUGUUUGGCAAAGAGGGAGGGCCCUUCAAUGCCCUCGAUAUUCUGGGCCGCACGGAUGAAGAAUCCCGUAAAGAGACUGAAGCCAUCCUUGGCAGCCGCCUACCCUACACAACGGCAUUCAUCAAGGAGACGCUGCGCAUUCAUCCCCCCGCCUCUACAGCACGACGCAUCCCCGAACUCUCCCCUGAGAAUCCGACGCCUGUAAAGUUGAAGCUGCGCACAACGAGCGGCGAGGAGAAAGACGUGGAAGUCAAUGGCGUUAGGAUCUACGUCUGCGGAUAUCUGGUUCACAUGAACAAAGCCGUGUGGGGACCCGAUGCUCCAGUCUUUCGACCCGACAGGUGGUUGGAUGAAAAGUACGUGGCGUCUUUGCCCACUGGCGCAUGGCGACCCUUCGAGCGCGGGCCGAGAAAUUGCAUCGGACAGGAAUUGGCAAUGGUGGAGGCCAAAGUGGUGCUUUGUGCCGUGGCCAGAGGCUUCCAGUGGGAGAAAGUGGGAUAUUCAGGCAAAGGGCAGAUGGCAGAAAUGGAGAGACCGAGAGGAGAUGGUAAAGAUGAUGGUGAGCGAGAGGUCUGGAGCGUCAACCAGGUCACAUCUGUGCCGGUUGAUGGGAUGACGAUGAAGGUUCAGGUGCGGAGCUAG